GUUCCAAAAGCUUGCCGAACACAGCGCACAGAUCAAAGGCGUGCAACAAUUUUUCCUUUCAAGUGUCAGUAUUGAACUAACACUUUGAGUGCUUCUCCUCAUUUUACUAAUAGUUGUAGAACUUGUACUUCUUCGACCAGUAAAGCCUGUGUGAAGCCUUUGUUUCAAUGCCUACUUCUGAAGGCAGCUUUUGGGAGUCUAGUCCUAUAAUAGCGGUGGAGUGAAGAAAAACUGCUACUUUUCUCGCCUGUGUUGUCGAGAAUAUUUGUUGCAUUCUGAACUUGGGAAUGCUAUUCUUCUGUGGAGACGUGGCCACCUCGUAACAUGGACGACGAACAGAGCGUAAACAAGCCAGCGCCCGAAGCAGGUGAGACUGAGCCAGCCGUGUCCAUGCAGGCGAGUGAUGUCGCACCGGCCACACCAGGCGAGGGAGAUCAGGCACAUAGCAGUAGUCCCAGUGGCGAUCCUGCUGCGAAUGCCGCUGCUGAUGGCAACGAGGACGAGGAGGAUGGCGACGAAGAGUUUGUCGAUGCAGAAGACGGCGUGGAGAGCAGCCCCGUUGAAGAUGCCGAGAGCGGCCGUGUUGAUGAAGAUCACGUUGCUGCGCAGGAGUCUGCUGAGGGAACCACUGCAUCAAGUGGCGCGGUGGCGGAUGGCAGUAAUGAGCAGGAUGCCGUGAGCGACGAGGUGGCAGGAGGCAAUAGCAGUAGUGUGCAGGAUGGUGAAGAUGAGGACGAUGGCGGCGGCGAGGAGGACGACGAUGAUGAGGAUGAAGACGAGGAAGAGAAUGACAGGCGACCAAAGCAACGCAGCUGGAGCUCCGUGUCCGAGGACGAAAGAGAAGCAGCUGAUGUCGACGGCAAAGCAAACAAAGAUGGAGAUGACGUUAGUGGUCCUGCCGAUAAUGCAGCUGACGAAGAGUCCUACAGUGAGUCGGAGGAGUCCGACUAUUCUGAUGAAUCUGAUGGAAGUGACGACAGUGAGUCUGAUGCCGACUCGGAUGGAGAUAAGCCUGUGGCGAGAAGAAAGAGAUCAGAAAACUCGGAUGAGAAGGCAACCCCUAGUGAGGAUAAUGUCCGGCUGACUAGUCGUGACUGGCAGAAGACUGUCAAAGAGAAGCCUUUCCUGGUGCCAAACUCCGGAGACUACUUCCUGCACGACAAUCGCUUUGGUGAUGAAGAUGAUGACGUCGUCACGCUUGACGAUGACAGAGCGGAUCUGAAUGAUCUACCAAGACAAGCAGCGAAGGACGAGGAGACCCGGCGCCCCCUCUGGGACGGCACUGACGAAUGGGCCCACGACCUGUACAAGGAAGAUGAACAGGGCCCGAUCAUGGAUGAGUCUGAAAUCUCCAGGACGGUGAGCCCCUAUGGACGAGGCCGCCGUGGGUCUGGUGGCUACAGAGGUAAUAGUUAUGAUCACCGCUGGUCGUCUGAUCAUCAGUCUCAGGAACGUGGCGGCGGUGCUGGUGGCAGUGCACGGGGUGGUCGUGGUCGGCGUGACUACCAAUCGGACCAACCACGCCGCGGUGCGGACAACGAUGGUGGCAGUGGCCGCCAACGCUACAGUGACUCUCGUCACCAGCAGCAUGGUACCGGUGAUGGUGCUGGUGAUUACCAGGCACAGUCUAGAGCCAAUGGCCGAGCCGAGCAGCAGUACGACCGGCGCAACAGUCAGCACAGCGACGGCUCCAGUGGCAAUGCCACGCCCACCAACAGUGGCCCACGUACGCCGGUUGCCAGGCGCGGCAUACGCCGCUCUCAUCCCGGUCAGAGCGAUGGCGCGCGUGCCGCAGCUAGCAACUCUGCGAAUUCGUCGCCGGCCGAUGAGGAGCGCCUGCGUCAACAGCAGGACGUGCGCGAGCAGAACAGGCUGCGCAAGGUACAGAAGCUGCAGGAGCAGCGUGGUGGCGGUGGCCGUGAACAGAGGCAAGACAGAGCUGCUCCUGCACCGGCCAAGUCCAGACCGCAAGAAUCGUCUGCUACUGGCCAGGCGAGCAGCAUGGGUAGCAAGGAGCGGACGGCGCGCACCCCUGGCACUCCCAGCAAUGCCAACCACUCGCCGGAACCAACAGCAGCUGGUGGACAGCGCGAACAGCCGCAUGUUGAUCAGCAGCAGCAGCAGCAAAAACAUGACCCCAAUACCGGGCGCCCUGCUACCAGCAACCAACAACGAGGAAAGCAGGGCCGCGGCCGUGGUCGUCCCCCUGCCAACAGCCAGGCUCAAGAUGCGUCGAGCAGACGCCCUGGAGGUGCCCCGAAGGAAGGUGCUCAGCGCUCCACUGUUGCGUCGGCAACGCAGACCGCUGUGCGCACGGCCACGCUGAACAUGAAGGGCAGUCUGAGCAACGCCGCCGACGAGCCAGCAGAUCUGGAGGCUGCCACCGCCGUUCUUGAUCGUCUUACCCUUUACCAGGCCAAUCGUCCUGGAACAGUGGGCGCUACGGCAGCAGCAACGGCAACAUCAGCUGCGGCACCCUCUAGCGGCGGCGGGGCCAAGCUGAAGCGCUACUCCACGCAGCGUCAGACAGACAAUCAUCCUCAGCAAACGCCUCAGCUACAGCCGCAGGAGGAGCAGCAAGAGCAGCAGCAGCAGCAGCGUUCUCUACCGGCUGGUGUCAUGAUUGCUGAGAACCCUCCGGCUGUUCAGGCGGUUGCUACCGCUGCCCCCCUUCAGCCUCAGCAGCCACAACAGCCACAACAGCAAGCAGUAGAACAGUUCUACAGCCAGCGGCUGCAGGAGCAGCAGAUCCUGUACCAGCAGGAGGUGAUGAAGCGCGAUCAGAUGAUGCUGAACAUUCAACACCAACUCGCUGAAGCUCAGCAGCGCGCUAUGCACCAAGAGCAGAUCCUGCUACAGUUUGCGUCCCAGCAGCAGCAACAACAACAGCAGGUGCCGCCACCGCAGCAGCAGCAGCCGCAGGUGCCGCUAACACAAGUCCCACAGGCUGCCGAACAGCCCGUUGUUGCACGCGUGGUUCAACCGACGGCUGUAGCAACACCUCAGCCCAUGCACAUGCCAGGCGCUGGCCCCGCUGACGUGCAAGCACCACCAACUCGGGCUGCUGCACCGCAGGUUGCGGCCCCUGGCCUGCCACACCCUCCCACCGAGCAACAGUUUGUGUCGCACAUGCCGCCCACGGCCCCGGCUGACGCUAACUGGUACGCGGCGGGAGGUGUGCCAGCUCCAGAGGCAGUCUUCAACCGGCAGUAUUUUGACUCGACUCAGCCGCCGCAUGCUGUGCCCGGAGUUCAGCAGCCCUUCCCCGUGUAUUACGGCAAUGCUGGCACCCCACAGCCACCCAUGAUGGGCACAGCAGCCGCACAGCCAGCACCGGCCGGCCUCACUGCCGGAGCAGCCGCAGUACCACAACAACAGCGCCAUCGUGAUCGCUCAUCAGCUGUACCUAUUGUCGAUCCGGCCACUCAGAUUCCCAUUAACAAUUCGAGCGCCGCAUCGUAAAGUGACGGGCCCAGCUGCAACCCUUGCUGUAGCGGCUGUAGGUUUCUGCCGCCCGCUCUGCGCCGUAUCCUUGCUGGAUACAGAUGUACUUGGACUCCGCAAUGUCUCGCCAGCUUCUCUACUGUUGGGUUUGUACUCGGCUUUCAUUAUCUUGGUCGCGAGUUCUCUGAGCCGUUCUCGUCCCCCGCUGCUUUCUUUAUUGUAUAUUUUCACAUGAUGCUCUGGCCUGUUGUUCCUGUAUACAGUUGUAGCGCUGUGUAUUUUGAUAUCCAGCUAGUGUUUCGGUCUAAUCUUUCCAAGUUAGAUGGUUUCUUAUCUUCUUUCUUCCAUAUGUGCGGGUUUUUUAAUCCAUGUCUUGACUCGCUUGUGGUCGUGUUGUGUUUAGUGUGGCUAUCCGCGGCAUGUUCCAUAUGCACAUUGUACAGCUGCUGUUCUUGAUACCUCUAGUAUUCUCCCCGAUGGCUGAUUCUUUGCGCUAUAGGAUGAUUUGCCAGGCUUGCUGUACAAAACAACUAACCCCUCAGCCCCGCGCUGCACGCAGUCUUGCGUUGUUCUGCCACUUCUCUUUCCUAUCAACUUGUACGUGCGUCCCGUCUCUUUCUUUGGUAUGUGAAGGUCUGUUAGACCCUAUCGUGA